AUGAAUUACCAAAGCCUGAUUAUCCUGAGUUUAAUUUUCCCUCUGCAUUCUGUCAAAGCCAAAACUUCAAGCUGCAAUUACCAGGGGAACACUAAUCAGAUGGUUGACUUGCAGAAACCACUUCAUGUUUGGGAAGCUUACUCCAAUGCUGAAGAGAUGAAACCCCAAAUGCAGGUUACUUCUAUUCAGAACCCUGCAGUGAUCACAACACAUCUAAGAACAUGGAGGGGUCAAAACCCCUCUCGUUUUCAGCAUUACCUAAGAAAUACGCAUGGGGUUCUGAAUAUCUUCGGAUGGGGAACUUUGUUGCCAAUCGGAGCAAUAGCCGCAAGGUACUUCAGAAAAUUUCCCUUCAAGUGCAGCGAAUGGUAUUCUGUUCACAUAACAUGUCAGAGCGGUGGAUACAUUGUAGGCACCGUUGGAUGGUGUAGUGGCAUGUUUCUUGGGAAUUCUUCAAAGCAACAAAGCAACAAAACACAUCGUGUUCUUGGGAUCAUUAUAUUUACUUUCACCACCAUUCAAAUGCUUGCCAUAUUUUGGCGACCUAAGGGAGAAAAUGGGUUUCCCAAGUACGUGAAGAUAUGCCAUCAUCUUCUUGGCUAUGCUCUGAUUGCUCUAACCAUAGCAAACAUAUUUGAAGGAAUAAACAAUCGAGCUCAUGCUGCAAAGUGGAAAUGGACUUAUGUUGGAAUACUUUGUGUUUUAGGUGUUACUGCUCUAGGAUUGGAAAUUUUUAAGUGGAUUAAGCGUGCAAUGAUGCGUGAGGCAGUGAAAUUGAACAGUAAUAUGUAUACGUCUCCUUGA